AUGUCGCUUGCCCAAUCAAUUAGAGUCAACAAGCCUCCCACGAUAUUUUCAACGAUACUCUCUGGUCUAACUCAAGCUGCCAGUGAGCCUCUCGUCACUGGUGGACUUCUGUGCCUGUUGACUCGCGGUAGUACGCAGCUUCGCGCGCAGCUCCUCGCACCUUUCGGAAUCACUUCGUCUCUCUUUGCCAAUGAUCCUGAGAGCAUCGCUAGGCUUGCGGCAGUAGUCACAGCUCUCAAAGUACUCACUACAGCGGGUGUCCUGCGUCGUAUCAACGAGGCUUUGAACCGUCUAGCAUGGAACAACUGGAGAUUAAAAAGAUCAGGCGCUGACUGGCAAUUCGGGCCAGAGAAGAAAGAGGUGAUACUUAUCACAGGUGCAAGCAGCGGCUUUGGUUACCUGAUGGCUAUGGAAUUGUCCAAACAUGCGCGGAUCAUCGCGUUAAACAGGUCGCCGCUACCCGCAGAUCUGGAGGCGCUGCCGGAUGUUCACUUCUAUCAGUGCGACGUCGGCGACAUAUCGGCACUUGAAACCGUGUGCGAACAAGUCAAGAAGGACUUCGGAACGAUCAGCGUGCUGAUAAACAAUGCUGGAUAUGGAAUUGGCAAAACAGUGCUCGAGACAACCAACGCUGAGGAUGAGAGGCUGUUUCGAGUUAACCUCUUAUCACAGAUGGUUCUCAUACGCGCUUUCCUUCCAGCUAUGCUCGCACAGGAGAAAGGCCAUGUCGUUUCCAUAGCCUCCAUGGCAUCUUUUGUCGUCCCCCCUAAUAUGGUCAACUACUGUAUCUCGAAGAUCGGUGCCUUGUACCUUACUGAGGGUCUUCGGGCUGAAUGUCUCACACGCUAUCCUGGUGGUUCAUUUAUCUGUAACACCUCUAUCCACCCGGGAUGGCACAAGACCGGGAUAGACAAGGACGGCAUGCUAGCGAAGUUGGGUAUCAUAGAAGACCCGCCGGAGCCGGUGAUAGAUGCGGUGGUAGACCAGGUUUUGAACGGCAAAAGCGGCAUGAUCUGUAUCCCAAAGCAUCAUCAGCGAGAUUCGCUGCUUCGAUUCUGGCCGAGAUGGGCGCAGGAUCUCAAGUUCGGGCUGGUAGGCUCAGGGGAAUAA